CGCCGCGCCGCCGCCCGCCGCCGCCGCCGCCGCCGCCGCCUGGAGCCGCGCGCCGCGCCCGCAGGUCAUCUGGAUGUCAGCAUGGCAGCCACGAACCUGGAGAACCAGCUGCACAGCGCACAGAAGAACCUCCUGUUCCUGCAGCGGGAGCACGCUGGCACCCUCAAGGGGCUGCAUGCAGAGAUUCGCCGGCUGCAGCAGCACUGCACAGAUCUGACCUAUGAACUGACCCUCAAAGGUUCGGAUCAGGCAGGAGUGGGGUCGUCUCGGAGCAGCGAGCUGCGGCAGCGCUGCGAGGAGCUGGAGGCACAGCUGCGCGCCAAGGAGCAGGAGAAGGAGGAGCUGGUGGCGGCGCUGGAGCAGAAGAACGCCAUGAUCGCCGUGCUGGAGAACACGGUCAAGGAGCGCGAGAAGAAGUACCUGGAGGAGCUCAAGGUGAAGAGCCACAAGCUGAGCCUGCUGACGGGCGAGCUGGAGCAGCGGGCCGGCACCGUGGCCUACCUGACCACGCAGCUGCACGCUGCCAAGAAGCAGCUGCUGGCCUCGAGCGGCGCUGCCGACGGCAGCCCGGCCCGGAGCCCCGUGCUGGCCAGCUACAAGCCGGCGCCCCCAAAAGACAAGCUGCCCGAGACGCCCCGCCGCCGCAUGAAGAAGAGCCUGUCGGCGCCGCUGCACCCCGAGUUCGAGGAGGUGUACCGGUUCGGCGCCGAGGGCCGGAAGCUGCUGCUGCGGGAGCCGGUGGAGGCCAUGCCGGACCCCACGCCCUUCCUGCUGGCGCGGGAGUCGGCCGAGGUGCACCUCAUCAAGGAGCGGCCCCUGGUCAUCCCCCCCAUCGCCUCGGACCGCGGUGCCCCUGAGCCGCACAGCCCCAGCCGCGACAAGGCGCACAAGGCACACGUGGGCGUGGCCCACCGCAUCCCGCACGCCGCGCCCCCGCAGCCCCCAGCCGAGGUGGAGACGCUGGCGGUGGACCAGGUGAACGCGGGCAAGGUGGCCAGGAAGCCCUCGGGGGCGGACAGAACGGUGUGAGGCGCCCGCCCGCGCCCGCGGCCCCGCCCGGACUCGGCCGCGCCUUUUGUACCUCCCGAGCAUGUCACUCGCCUUCCAGACCUGCCAGGACUCCUGCCCGCCCGCCUCGCGCCGCCGCCCCUGCUCAGAACAGCCCAGCGCCACGCCCAGGCCCACCCACGCAGCCCCCAGUGAGCCAGCCGCGCCUGUCCACCUUGGGCAGCCGCCGAGAGACCCUGCCCCACCACCUUCCCCGGGCGGCCGAGAAUGAGCAGCUUGUGUAUGUCAGGAACUAAAUAAGAUGAUGAUUCUCCUUCUACACCACUACCUGAUGUGUGGUCAUAGUUUGUCUUAGCUUUAGUUUUAUCCAAAAUGUUCAAGAUCCCAACAAACUUUAUUUUCUAAACCG